GUUCUUCUUCUUUUUUUUUUUUUUUGCUCUAACAAUUUUCUCGCGUUUCUAUUUUUUCUGUUGCAUUUAAAACCGCGCACAGACUUUUGUUGGUUUGCAGAUAAUUGUCCGUGUGCAACAUAGUGAUUAACUCCGGAGUCACAAAUCAAUUGGCGCAAAUAUGGGUUUAAUAACAGAAAAUUACAUAUAUACAUGUAAUAUAUAUGUGUGUGUAGGUGCAUUUGUAGAAAUGUGGCAAACAAAAUGAAAUUUAUUGCGGAAUAUACGCACACGUUGUAUUAACGGUUGAGAUCCAGAGAGAAUAUUUAUCAGUUUUUAAAUACAUGUAUAUUUGUAAAAUUAUUUUAAAAAUUAAGAAAUUUUAUUUCACACAUGCAUAUUGUCGCAAGAGAUAGAGACAAUCUGUUAUUAUAUUAAGUUUCAAUGAGAGAGAAUGAUUUUGUAAGAGAUAAUAUGCAGUGUAUUUAAGACAACGUAAUGUUAGGUAAUCGCAAAAAAGUUGCUUUUCAUCUCGUUAUCUCAGUAAUUCUGCAAGGCUUAUUUCAUUCACUUAGAACAACAUGUAAUCAACAUAUAGAAUACUUUUUGUCAAACAUCUCGACAAAUAACGCGUGAUAAAUAGCGUCCGGCAACUACCAUCACGAAUAAUUAGAACGAGAUAAUUGAUUACAGUUCUUUGCAAUUCAUCAAUUUGUUUUGCAAAAAUCGUUUGACGUAAUUGACCACGUGCAGCCUGGAAAAGGCGUGGAAAUGGGAACGUAGCGAACAGAAAUUCAAUUUUUGAUCUCUUUUGUGCAUAAAUGGCUCUUCUUUUAGAUCCAGGGUCUUUUGCGGGAAAUCAUUAACUCAGACAGUACAAAAAGGACAUCUUAAAGAUGUCUAAAACACAUUAGGAUAUUUUUAAGUCAUCUUUAAAUCGUCUUUUAUAGACAUGUGCUGUUUGGAAAUUCAAUCUCACGCACUUUUCUGUCGCUUUUAUUAACACAUUACAAUUAAGCAAAUCUCGAUCAGACUGGAUAUACACACCAAAUAUACGUUGCUUCUUGAUAACGUAUGUACGUUCAUAGUUUUUCAUUACUCAAUCAUAGCACGUUUGCAUUAUGAAAAUUAAUUACUUGUACAAAGUUCGUUCUAAGUCCGCCGACUAUCGAAGAAGUGCAAAGAACGGAAUGUUAUUGCCUCUUGUUAUCGUCGUAUAACAACGUCGGUAGACGAUGUAUUCUCCUAAGUCCGAUCACUACAUAGCGACACCAACGUUCUCCACGUACAUCUUACGAUGUCUCGUGGUAGUAACUAUGAUGAUAGCUGCGGCGACAUUUUUGCAUAUUAACAAUUACAGACCCAAACAAACAUUCCUCUCCUGCGACAGGCCAUGUCAUCACUUGGAUUGGCCCAUGAUCUGUCGGGUGAAACUCACGUUGGAAGUCUUCCAGUCGCUCAGCAAAUCAUGCGGGGAUUGCCCACUGAACCAAACAGCAUGCUUGGCCAAUCAUUGCAUUUCCGCGGAUGGGCAUAGACGGGGUAUCCUUACGGCCAAUCGUCAAAUGCCAGGUCCUACUAUUCAGGUUUGCGAAAACGAUAUUCUAGUGGUGGAUGUGAUUAAUCGUCUUCCGGGUAAAGCAGUGGCGAUGCAUUGGCGUGGGCAAACACAGAUAGAAAUGCCUUACAUGGAUGGCGCGCCGUUAGUCACACAGUGCCCAAUACCGAGCUACACUACUUUCCAAUACAAAUUUCGUGCCUCAGUAGCCGGUACACAUCUCUGGCAUGCACAUGCAGGCGCUGACGUGAGUAACGGUAUCUUUGGCCCUCUGAUCGUGAAACAGGCCGAUCUUCGGGAAUCCCAUCGCGCUCUUUACGACAUCGACGACUCUAAUCAUGUAGUUCUGAUAACCCAAUGGCAACAUUUGCCGGAAAUAUCCUAUAAUCAGGAUUACUCGAAACCGGCAAUACUUCUGAUUAAUGGGAGAGGUCGUCAGCCAAACGAACCCACGCUUCCUCUGAGCACGUUCACAGUCAUUCCCGGAAGACGUCACCGAUUCCGCGUUGCUAACGCCGGAGGCGCCGGUGCAUGUCCAGUGACACUUUUCAUCGAUGGCCACACGAUGCUUCUGAUUGCGCUCGACGGACAACCAAUAGAACCGCGGCAGGUUACUUCGAUCACUCUGGCCAAAGGUGAAAGGGCGGAUUUUGUCCUCAAAGCGAGCAAACGCAUCGCUUCCUACUGGAUGAACGUGCACACGGCAAAAGAAUGCGGCGCGUCAACGAUAAAUGGCGCAGCUGUGCUCACCUACAAAGGCGGCGCGGAAAUUCCGGCGGACACUAUCGAUCAGCGUGAUAACGACGAGAUGGAGACGAGCCGCCUGGCGAUGACGACGAAUCCCGCGGAAAAAUGCGGCGAUCGGGAGAGUCUGUGCGUCACCGAUAUUCUCAAUAUACGAAAAAUGCCGCAGGUUCUGGCCAAGCCCAAAACGGAUAUAACAACAUAUCUCUCGAUUAAUUACAAGAUGCAAGCGACGGAAGUCAUAGGUAACGGCGGAGCGGAAACGCGAGUGUUGAAUGUGAACAACGUCACUUUUACAUAUCCCUCAUCGCCGCUGUUGACUCAGAGCGGCGACGUGUCCCCGGGGAUGCUGUGCUCCGGCGGCGAUGGAGAAGACAACGACGAGGACGGUCGCGGCGAGAACAACGAGACCGUGUCGCGACGCCGAUGCCGUCCCCUCGCCGACGACGGCGACAUGUGCGAAUGUGUUCACGUGCGCCACGUGCCACUCGGAGCAACCGUCGAGAUUAUUCUCCUUGACCAAGGUGGCCUCGACAACUUGGUUUACCACUUACACGGUUACAGUUUUUACGUGGUGGGCGCACGGCAAUUCGGGCGAAGUAUGUCGCUGCAGGAGGUGAAAAAAUUAGACGAGAACAAGCAGCUAUUUUCGCGAAAUCUCGACUGCGCACCGGCCAAAGACACCGUCGUUGUGCCCAAGUUCGGCGCCGUGGCGCUGCGAUUUAAGGCCGACAAUCCAGGAUAUUGGAUGUUGCGGGAUGAACUUGCGGCAGAUUGGACUCGCGGUUUGGACGUUAUCCUGCAAGUCGGAGAGCCCGGAGACAUGGUGGCCGCGCCGCACGACUUUCCCAAAUGCGGAUCCUUCGUCGGGCCUGAUUACUUUCUCAUAUAGACUGCUACUUCC